UUAACGCAGAGGUUUCUUUCCGCCGACAUCCUCCAUCCAAGAGCCGGCAAACCUGCACUCAAACAUGAGCUUCACGGUGGAAGAGAGGGGAAACCCCAACUCCCUGAGCUACCGCGCAUUCUUCAAGAAUGCUGAGGGAAAGUAUGUUUCCCCGUUCCAUGACAUACCAAUGUACGCUGAUGAGAGUCAGAACAUCUUCCACGUGGUUGUCGAAGUACCAAGGUGGACAAAUGCAAAACUGGAGAUUGCUACAAAAGAGCCGUUGAACCCAGUCAAGCAAGAUGUGAAGAAAGGCAAGUUGCGAUAUGUUGCCAAUAUUUUCCCACAUAAGGGCUACAUAUGGAACUAUGGAGCCAUUCCUCAGACAUGGGAAGAUCCCACCCACAAAGACACACACACCGGCUUCUUCGGUGACAACGACCCCAUUGAUGUCUGCGAGAUCGGCAGUAAGGUGUGUUCCCGUGGGGAGGUCAUCAAAGUAAAGGUGCUCGGCAUCCUGGCCAUGAUCGAUGAGGGCGAGACUGAUUGGAAAGUGAUUGCAAUCAACGUGGAGGACCCUGAAGCCAACGACUUCAACAAUAUCAGUGAUGUGAAGCGCCUGAAACCUGGUUACCUGGAAUCCACGGUCGACUGGUUCAAGAUGUACAAAGUGCCAGAUGGAAAGCCAGAGAACGAGUUUGCUUUCAACGGCGAGUUCAAAGACAAGGACUUUGCCAUCGAAAUAAUCAAGAGCACUCACGACUUCUGGAAAGCCCUCAUUUCCCAGAAGAUCAACCCUGGUGAACUGAACUGCAAAAACACGACUGUCUCGGACAGUGACAUCUCUUACCACUGCUCAGUGGAUGAGGCUAAAGCUGUUGUUAGUGGAACAAGUCCUUUGGGAAAAGAAGAACCCAUCCCCUCAUCAGUGGAUAAAUGGUUCUACUUUGAGAGGAAGUAAACCAGCAGCGGAUUGGAGGGGAGUGAAAGGCUCAUCUCUCAUACUUGAAGAUCACCUUACCAAUGGGAACCAAUGGGAUGACUGGAUGAGAGCUGGCUGAUUCUCUGUCAAUGAAGAGAUACUGGUUAGAUAUUGUGGAAAAAGAAAAGUAAAAAAGUACUCAUGUCUUGACCAAUUAUGUUUGUCUUAUUUAACAAAGAUCUAUUUGGAGAUGUGAUGUCAUAAACAAAUUACAAGUACUACUCUCUUGGAUACUUGUGCCACAAGACUCUGAACUGCUUAAAUAAAGCUUCUCUGAUUAAAUUAUCAUUAAAGUG